CUCAAUUCUCGCGUUUCCUAUCUCUUGAGCAUAACCCAAGAUGCAUUUCUCAGCUCGUUUUUAUACCCUCCUGGCCUUUCUGGUAUUCAUUGUGCCUUUUUCCUAUGGGCAAGGCCCCGAUGAUUGCUACAUCCCUCCCGCCAUUAUUACCAAAUUUUCCUGGCACAAUAGCACUCACAAUUGUGGGUGUGAUGAUGGUGGUUGCCUCCCAACGGGUCUUCAUGGUGGUCCCGGCUGUGGUCCACCCGAUACUGUGGAAGCAACAUUCUCCCAGCAAUCUCCAACAUACAAUGACACGUUGACCUGUGGCGCAUCCGACCCUGGCAGUGUUCCCGCUCGACCGAUUCCCGGUGGACCCUUCAACUGUCGAUCACUUGGGCGACACUUCUUCUUGGCAAUUAAUGGCACCGAAGGAACACUUACCUAUGUGGAGCCUAAUUUUAUUUGGUUACUUACGUCGGCUCAUUUGAGAUGGACUGCGUAUAUGACAGAUUUCAAAAUUCGACUUGUGUGCAGAGCGAACCUACUUUCCAACUUGAACCGGACGAGGUCGUGGGUAUCCACUGAGCUUCAUCCGUCAUUACCAUCGACUUCUAUACUAUUGUACAUAUAUGAUACGUGA